UCCUCUCCAAGCUCCGUCUUCUAGGGUUUGCGCCGCGACGAGCUCUCGAAGAUUUCGCCGAGGAGAAAUCCAAGAAGAAGAAGAUUCACCUCGCGGCGAUGGCCACCGUGCAACCCGCCGCCUCGGACCCCGCGCCUCCUCCUCCUCCGGAGACGGAGGAGCAGCCGGCCGCGGCGGGGGGCGAGGAGAUCGCGGCGCUCGACGAGCAGCUGGCCGUCGCGGACGGCGGCGGGGAUGAUGGGAAAGCGGCUGCGGCGGCGGAGGGAGGAGGAGGAGGAGGAGGAGGGAAGCUGGUGGCGGAGACCAUGCGCAAGUACGCCGCGCCGCGGUCGUCGCGGUACCACGGCGUCACGAGGUUGAAGUGGAGCGGCAAGUUCGAGGCGCACCUCUGGGACAACAGCAGCCAGGUCGAGGGCCGCAAGCGCAAGGGGAAGCAUGUGUACCUAGGAAGCUAUGUUACUGAAGAGAAUGCUGCAAGGGCACAUGACCUUGCAGCCCUUAAAUAUUGGGGUGCAGGGCCAAACACCAAACUUAACUUCAAUGUUUCUGAUUAUGAGAAAGAAAUCGAGAGGAUGAAGACCAUGUCCCAAGAUGAAUUUGUGGUGUACAUAAGAAGGCAGAGCAGCUGUUUCUCAAGAGGAACUUCAUCAUAUAGGGGUGUAACAAGGCGAAAGGAUGGUAGAUGGCAAGCACGGAUUGGUAGGAUUGGAGAAAGUAGAGACACCAAAGACAUCUAUCUUGGUACCUUUGAAACGGAGAUAGAGGCAGCUGAAGCUUAUGACCUAGCUGCCAUCGAGCUUCGUGGUGCCCAUGCUGUGACCAACUUUGAUAUUAGUAACUACUGUGAAGAUGGUUUGAAAAAAUUAGAAGCCUCAUCAGAGGUUCCAAAGCUACUAGAGGGUCCAUCGAAGGCUGCGAAGCUCGCUGGACGAUAGAUAAAAGAAUACAACUUGUAAAUUGUUUUUUGUUUUAUUUAUUUUCUUUUUAACACCAAGUUGGCCCUUUUUAGUUUUCCCGCGCUUGUAUGUGUUUUUCGAGAUAUUCUUAUCUGCCGUGUUGUCAUGCUGGUGUUUACCAGCUCCAGAGAUAGGACCAUGUGAUGUUGGGGGUGUUCGGUUGAUAUUACUCUUUGGCAUAAUGAUAGCUAGGCUUGUUACCUUCUC